GACAAGCUUUUUAAACUAGUGGUUUUAACUGGUUUCACAUUCGACAAGUCGCCAAAACUACCUUUCUUCCCCAAUGCUCUUCAUCAGCCGCCGUGCCCAAACCCUCAAAACCCUACCUUCCUCCUCCACACAGAUCCGCACCUACGUCGAUGUCUACAUGAAAUGGAAGAAAGACCACUACUUCGACAACAUAGAGCACAUCCUCCGUUCCCCUCAGCUCAAAUCCGUCAUCGCUCUCAAGAACUGCAUCACCAGCGACCCCAACAGCUGCAUCCCAAUCUCCUCCGUCUCCAAGAAGACCCACCAGUUCGACCUAUCAACCAAAGUCACAAAGUUCUUACGACAGUUUCCUAGUGUCUUCGAGGAGUUCGUUGGUCCCGAGCACAACCUCCCCUGGUUUAGAUUGACGCCAGAAGCUGCUGAGCUCGACAGGGAAGAGAGACGAGUGUACCAAGACUCAGCUGAGGACUUGCGUGGUAGGUUGAGGAAGCUGAUUCUGAUGAGUAAAGACAAUGCCUUGCCUUUGAGUAUUGUUCAAGGGAUGAAAUGGUAUCUUGGUUUGCCUGAUGAUUACAUGAUGUGUCUUGAUUCUUCGUUUAGGUUUGUUGAUAUGGAAGACGGAGUUAAGGGUUUAUCCGUGGAGUGUAGUAACGGAGAAAAGGUUCUGUCUUUUUUACAGAAGAACGCAAUCAAGAACAGAGGACUACUCUGUUCUGAGAACAGAGGACUACUCUGUUCUGAGAACAGAGGACUACUCUGUUCUGAGAUUGAGUUUCCUCUGUUUCCGUCAAAAGGUUGUAGAUUGAGAGUCAAGAUCGAAGAUUGGCUAAAAGAGUUUCAACGGCUUCCUUACGUAUCACCGUACGAUGAUUACUCUCGUUUGGAUCCGAGCAGUGACGUUGCUGAGAAGAGAGUCGUUGGGUUUCUUCAUGAGCUGCUCUGCCUCUUCGUCGAUCAUUCCGCAGAGAGGAAGAAGCUUUUGUGCCUCAAGAAGUGGUUUGGGUUGCCUCAGAAGGUUCACAAGGCCUUUGAGAGGCAUCCGCAGAUCUUUUACUUGUCUAUGAAGAACAAGACUUGUACAGCUAUUCUCAGAGAGCCUUAUAGAGACAAAGCUAGCGUGGAGCCGCAUCCCGUGUUGGCUGUGAGGAAGAAGUAUAUUCAGUUGAUGAAGAGUUCGGAGUUGAUUCUCAAGAGUAGAAGGACUAGUUGCAGGUUUUCAAAUGAUGGUGUUGUAGAGAAAGAUUUGGAUUUGGAUUUUGAUGGCUAAGCAAAAAGAUUUUACAUAGAAGAGUUAGUUUUGUAUAUUGAGACAUAAUUUAAAAGUAGCCAAAUCUUUAUUAAUCAAAUACAUCAUUAAUGUAUUCUUUUCAAA